CUUACCAGCCAUCGAUGACGAGAUCAAUUGCUCUCCAUAGAGCGGGAUAGAUCGGUCUCUUGCUUGGUUAAUCGCCUAACAUGCUGGUCCAAAUGGCUGGUAGCAAAACGCCACUGGGUGUUCCCUUCCAUGGCGGCUAGUACAUAUAUACCUUGCAUUCAGCCACUCACCUCACACGCGAUCAGACGCGAUGUCUUGUGAACAUUUACAUAUAAUUGCAAGCAAUACAGGAGCAAAAUGGUGCAGAUCAAUAUGUUUGGGACAGGCUUCACCCUCCAAGCCGCCAUCUGGGCAGCCUGUGGAAUGGCCUUCAUCCUCUUCGGUUACGAUCAAGGUGUCUUCUCCGGGAUCGUGGAAAACGAUGACUUCCUCGACACCAUGAAUCAUCCCAAUGACAGCCUCACAGGCAUCAUCGUCUCCAUCUACAACCUGGGCUGCUUUGCUGGCUGUCUUGUCAACUUCAUGCUGGCAGAACGGCUGGGAAGACGCAGAGCAAUGUGGUUUGCUAUGGUCUGGGUCAUAAUUGGAGCUACUCUACAAUGCUCCGCCUUCUCAGUGCCGCAUCUGAUGAUCGGUCGCUUUGUCACGGGCAUUGGCACUGGGAUCGAGACAUCCACAGUGCCCAUGUACCAAGCAGAACUAUGUGAGGCCAACAAGCGCGGACGGCUUGUCUGCAGCGAACCCCUCUUAGUGGGUGUGGGAAUUGUCAUCAGUUACUUCUUCGACUAUGGUAUGGGAUUCGUCGGCGGUCAAGUCGCUUGGAGACUUCCUAUUGCAUGCCAGAUGCUCUUUGCGUUUGUGGUGGUAAUCCUCGUGUUCGGGUUGCCCGAGUCUCCGAGAUACUGCUACAAGGAAGGUCGUCGCGACGAAGCACUUCAAAUCCUCAGUGAUGUCUACGGUUGUCCGAAAGAUGACCCGAAGAUCCUUGCCGAGCAGGCGGAGAUUCUGGAAGCCCUUGCCGUGGAGACGCAGCAUGGGGAGUUCCAGUGGAGAAACAUCCUCAAACAUGACAAGGUCUCAACAGGCCAUCGAGUUCUUCUUGCCUACGGGAUGCAAUUCAUGAACCAAGUCGGCGGCAUCAAUCUCGUCGUCUAUUUCAUCCCCACCGUGCUGAACAGCAACGUCGGCCUCAGCAAGAACCUCUCCAUGAUCCUGGGAGGCUGUGUCCAGAUCAUGUUCGUGGUGGGCAGUAUAUUCCCGACCUUCUUCGUCGACCGGGUCGGUCGCCGAGCGCCCAUGAUCUGGGGCUCAUUCGGCCUGGGGAUCUGCAUGAUGAUGGUUUCCGUCCUGCUCAGCUUCAAAGGCCACGCCAACGAGCAUGCGACCUCGUCCGCGGCGGUGGCUUUCUUCUUCCUCUACAUGCUCAUCUUCGGUGCCUCCGUCAACUGCAUCCCUUGGUGCUAUGUCCCGGAGAUCUUGCCUCUGCAUGCGCGCGCGAAGGGCACGGCUAUCGGGAUCUCGUCCAACUGGAUUUGGAACUUCUUCGUCGUCAUGAUUACGCCGAUCAUCAUCAAUCGCCUGCAGUGGAAAGCCUACCUCAUCUUCAUGUGUACGAACUUGGCCUUUGUCCCGCUGAUCUACUUCUGCUAUCCCGAGACAGCCAACUUUACCCUUGAAGAAAUAGAUUACUUGUUCACCAAUCCGGAUAAGAGCGCGGUGCAAGCGUCCAAGGAGCUUGUGAAGGAAAAGAAGAGACACCGGACCGCGCCAUCGCACGUUGUCGUCUCCCAGGCGAGCCAGGUUGUCCAGCCCGGCAAAGGAAAGGGCCAUGAGAGCAUCACGUCGAGGGUCUCCGAUGAGCAUAUCGAAGAUGCACGCGGCUAGAAGGAGAUGCACAACGGGGGUAACUCUCUUUCUGUGAUGUGUUGAAGGUGACA